AUGGCUAGUCAGAGUACAACGACACUGGAAGAACCGCUUGCCGUAGGGCUUCAACCAGGGCCCAAGACCAAAUGCAUCAUAGUCGCCACGCAAGAUCACACCCCCAUAAGCUCGGAGAGAACGAAAAAGGAUACGGCCCCUAAAUCGACAGAGCGCAAGAAGCCGCCACUCAGCUACCUGCUUUGUAACAAAUACGAGGGCUGCCGCAUUCGGAUGCCGAAUUUCAAUCCUAGGCUUUUGGAUAGGAUACGGAAGCGCUUCUGGCGCAGUAAUAACUUAGCCACAUUCGCAAAAUCACCAUACCCGUUUGUCGAGAGCAAGUUCUGCCUAGACGUCUGCCAACACCUGAGCCUGGACCAAGACGACCUCGACUUGCAAUUCGCCCAAGGAAUCGUUCGGGCAUACUGCUAUCACGGGUACCACGGUCUCAUCAGACCUUUAUCACGGGAACACGAACGUACCGAAGUAACUCUCACGCUCGGCGGCGGGGGAUCUGUCAUCAUCACGAAACAUUUGGUGCUAGCGCAGUUCCCGAGCGAUGCUCCAUCCUACCCGCCUCAGCUACUGCGCCGGAGAUUGGAGCAGUUGGAGCAAUCUUUGUGUCCUCAUGUUUUUCUGGAUAGGUGCGGGGGUUUGGAGGCACAUGUACAGUGUGCGGAAGCACUUCAGGCUGGCGGAUGCAUGUGCUGUGGUGGCAUCCAUCGGUGUCGAGAUGAAGGGUGCGAGACGGAGUGGAAGGCGUAUAGGAGGAAAGGGGAGGAAGGGGUCGAUGAAGUAGUGUUAGAGGUUGUUAGGAAGUUGUGCGGGGUGUUGGAUGGCCGUGAGGGGAGGUAG